UAUAUGAGACGCGUCGCGGCGAGAUCGGCAGUUGUUUGUGGCUGGCGCGCACGGUCGGUCGCGGGUGUAUAGUACAGGAUACAGUGAUGAAGUGGUUGGUUCUGUCGUGUUUUCUACUGUGGGCGAGGCAUGGGGAAGGGGGUGCCCUCAAAUGUUUACCAGAAGACGAUGCGUGCUCUUCGCAACUAUCACAAGAAGUAGAACAACAAGAAAUCGAUAUCCGCCGGCCGAGUUCAACCGACGCGCCUGCCGAGUGCCUAUCAGGCAGCGAAUGGGACAGCAACUGCCACAAAUGCCGCUGCGUGGCGGGCGAGGCGCAGUGCGUACGGCAGUCCGGGUGCGAUUCUAUCGAGGAGCCGAUCCGCUGCAAACCUAACACUACGUUCGGGCGCGACUGCAAUACGUGCCGCUGCCUGGAGAACGGACUGGGUAUUUGCACUAUCAUGGAAUGUGCGAGUGUAACUACAGAAGCAGUACCGUCGAAGCCGAUUAUACCUAAGGGCGUAGACUGCGCUCCCGGGACAACUUGGCAGAGCCAAUGUAACGAGUGCGUCUGCUCUCCAGAGGGCCGGCGGUACUGCACGGACAAGGCUUGUCCUGGACAGCAGACAGAAGCACUCCUGCGCUGCGCGCCGCAGAGCCAGUGGAAGAACGACUGCAACAUGUGCUGGUGCAACUCCGGCCGCGCCAUGUGCACGAAGAUGGGCUGCGUGGCCCUUCCUAGUGACAUGCAUUUCGACGACAGAAAAGGCGAUGCUGAAACAGCAGAAAUCCCAGAACCGGCCACAAAAGCCGUCAAAAACGUCACAAAAAAGGUGUGUGUGGAGAACCGAAUGUUCAUAAUGAACUGCAACACUUGCUGGUGCAACGAGGACGGGACCAGUUACUUUUGCACGCGCAAAGUGUGCUUGUCCAACACAGAUGAGCCGGUCGUUGAAGAGGGAACCGAGAAACUCCGGAUCAUAAAGAAAGAAUGCCGUCCAGGCGAAGUGUUCGAGAUCGAGUGUAACAUGUGUCACUGCAACCCCGAUGGGAAGACGUUCUCUUGCACGCGUCGGGCUUGCUUCGACGAGGACAAGAAUCAGACGCUAAUCAGAAAGACCAGAGCAACUCCGCAGGAGGCGCCAAAGAACUGCCAGCCGGGCCAGGAGUUCCGCAUGGAUUGCAACAAGUGUCUCUGCGACAACGAGGGGCAGAACUUCUCGUGCACCCGCAUCGACUGUUUGGCGCUCAACAACAACAACAACAAUGGAAAUAGGAGAAAGAGAGACGUAUCGCAGAAAGUGUCAGCGGACUGCGUGCCGGGCAGCGUGUUCGAGCAGGGCUGCAACGUGUGCCGCUGCACCGAGGACGGCGGCCACGCCACCUGCACGCUCAAGCGUUGCCAGACAAAGGAGGACUCCACGCUCACCGCGACCGAGUCAAGCUUCCGCUGCAACCCCGGCGAGCAGUUCAAGCAGUCCUGUAACGACUGCAGUUGCUCCGCCGACGGCAAGAGCGUUUUCUGCACGCUGCUCGUCUGCGAUGACGACCUCUCGCCCUAAUAGUAUUACUGUAGUGUGUAUGCCCCUUUUGAACGCCAGCGACGUCAUAUCACGACAACUGACGCCACGAUCAUUUUUACGUCAAUUAAUUAUGUGAAACAAAUGACUGGACAGUGUUUCUAUACUUUUAUUGUUGUCUUAUUCCUGUGUCUUGAUUUUAAGUGUAAAUCUAAGAAUAUCAUUUCUAGCGUGAAUGUGUUUGGCGUUCAGAUGAUUAAAUUUACCUACACCGAAUUCCUAUAAAUGCAUGUUGAUUUCCAGCAAAUAUGUAGAAAUAAAGCAAGAAUUGACCGGUACUAUAUUGUGCCAAUGCGAAUUAAUAAAAAUUGACUUUCCUAUGUACGGAUCGUGGAUUUUUUUCUAUUAAUUUACAGCCCAUAAGUGUAGUGUAUUUUAACACUAUUGUUAUAAUUAUCCGUUUGAAAACAAUUUAAUACAAUAAUUAUAAUUGUUUUUUAAUUAUUUAACAUUUAUUUUCAACACGUCAAUUCACAUCUCUUUACCCCUUUGAUCGCCAAAGACGUUAUGGAAAGCUAAACAAAAACACCAAGACGUCAUUUGACGUCAAAUUACUUGCGCUUUUGCGAUCAAAAGUUAAAAGCUGACUACGUAAAAUGAUGAAGAGGACAUUGUUGUAAAUGAAUCUUGUAUCCUCGUCAGUAGAAUGUUAUUCAUUCAUAUAACUAACCCCCAUGUUUCUAUAUACCUAUUAACUAGUAAGUACUUAUCUAAUAAAGGUACGUCUGACACUGCAGCUCUUUAGUUAACAUUUGUUUUGUUUUAAUUUAACUAUUGUAAUUGAACUGUGUUACACAUAUAAGUAGUGAUUUAUAAGUGAUUUUAGAGGUUAUUUCUGAAAUAUUUACUACAUAGGUAGAAUGUCUAGAAUCGGUAUUUCGGUAACCAACUUAAGUCAGUAUUAAUGAUUAAUUGACGUCCUUUGUUUCGUAAUAACCGAUUCUGUUAAUGUGUGCAUGUAUCAUUAUAUUCAUUAAUGUGAUUAUAUACCAAACCGCCAAUAAUCCCUUUAUCGCUAUUGGACAUAUGCAAAAAUGCCACUCAUACGCCAACCUUGGUACCUAGACGAGUUAAUACAAACCUUACUCCAGCAACAAGGGUUAUUUCAUACCGGAUACCGCGCUCAGUCGUUCUUGGCGUUGUGAUUACAAUCCAACUAUAAACCUUUUAUACGCCAUAUGUUACUCCUUACGUAUGCUGCAUACUGGUUGUGCAUGAAUUACAUUUUCAAAUAUGUCUGAAAGUUGCUAAAGAGUUACUCCGUAGUAGAACGUUAUGUAAAGACCUGGAUUGAGAAUGAAUACGAAAUAAAUUGAUCUUAAUAAAUACAUUUAUCUCCUUAUACUCCUUAAUAUGUAGGCAUGAAUGUUUUUGUUCUAGCUGUGCCGAGACAGAAUUACUCAAUCAGUCUGAAUUAGUUAACAAACACACAUUAUAAUACAUAAAUAUAUCAGAUUUUUAUUCCAUUAAUAUAAAAAAACACUUUCUAUGUGAGAAAUGUACCAUUUUUAAUAUUUUACCCGCCAAAUACGUUAUAUCACGUCUACGGCAUAUUACGGUUCAAACGCCACGACAUUUGAUACUAUAAUUUCACGUUAUAUACCUACCAAUCAAGCUCUGUAAUACAUAACUCGGUAUACAUGUUCCUGCUUUUUAUAUUAGGUAUUGUAAAUGAGUUACUGUAUAGGUAUAGACGAGGAGUUUCUAAACUACGGGCCGCGGGUCUGAUACAGCCUCUAUCGCUCGAAUAUGCAAAAGCGAUAAGGAGACAUAUAAGUAUAACGAUAUUUCGAUGUUCGCUGCAGAUUCUGCUAAUAUAUCCCGCGAAAAGAAAGCGGAGGCGUGGCCCAAGGGUCAAAAAGUUUUGAAGAACUCUGGUUUAAACCUACCUAUGCUAGUACCUAAUUUUGUAUCAAUUCAUUCGAUAUCUGUGGUCUUAUAAAAGGUGGUAAAUUCGUUUUAUAAGCGGCUGACUUUGUACAAUUCGUACCCAAUAUGUAUUAGAAUAAUUACCAUAAUACUUAAGUUUUGAAUCGCUAGGAAAUAAAAGUUUUCAAUUCAC